AUGAUAUCACCAUCCAAAAAGAGAAGCAUUUUAUCCAGUAAAAACAUUAACCAAAAACCACGGGCCAUAAUAAAAGGAAACGAACUUCGCUCACCAUCAAAGAGAAGAUCGCAAAUAGACACGGAUUAUGCAUUAAGGCGAAGUCCCAUAAGGACAGUUCAAAUUCCAAAAAACACACAGUUUCUGGUCUAUGAAGAAACAAUAGAAGAAAGAGAUCACAUUAUUAACAGCCACAAGAAAGAAGUAUGCAAUAAUAAGAUAUUUUUAUGUAAUGAAAAUAAUCCUUCACAAGUAAAAGAAAACCUCUCGCCCGGUAAACUUUGCCCUAAUGAAACGGUCCGUUUAAGAGAAGGACGGAGAACCGCAUUAAAGGAUUUAAGCAUUGAUGAGUUCAAGGGUUACGUGCAAGAUCCUCUCACUGAUGAAACGAUACCGUUGACAUUGCCAUUAGGCACCAAAAAAAUUACUCUGCCCAGUUUUGUCACUCCGCCAAGAAAUUCGAAGAUCUCUGGUUUUUUCACUGGUAAGCACCAAGGACAGAAUCCAAAAACUACGUUCUCUCGUUCGACCGAUGAUGUACAUCAAAACAAAGUAGUGAGAAAGCUUUCCUUUCGCAUCUGUGAAGAUGAAUAA